AUGGAGAAACGCAACUCCCAUGGGGAACACGUUAAUGCGGCUUAUGAUCCGACUCUGGAUGAGCCCCCAAAUUAUGAGGAGCCGGUGCGCACUGUUCGGCCCUCUGUGGUGAGCGCAUUCGGGCAUGAUACUCUAGACCGAGUGCCCAACAUCGACUUCUACAGGAACGCUGGAAGUGUGAGCGGACACAGGCAGGUGCGGCCUUCGCUACAGGAGCUGCACGAGGUCUUUCAACAGAAGCAGAAUGGGGGCAUCUCUGUCUCGGACACGGUGCAGGAUGACAGCGAGGGCAGUGACGAUGGGACCCCCUGUGAAGACCUGGAGUCUAAUCCUCCCAUCGACCCCAGCAAAGGAGUGGUCAAGUUCGGCUGGAUACGAGGAGUCCUGGUGAGAUGCAUGUUGAACAUCUGGGGCGUGAUGCUGUUUAUCCGUCUGUCCUGGGUCUUUGGACAGGCUGGAUGGGCUGGCACAGCUCAGAACAAGAACAAGUCCAGGACCAGCAUCUUGGAGAGAGUGACCAAAAAUGGCUACACUUGA